UAAAAGUGUAACCCGCAGUGGUAAGGAAAAACCAGAGAUUCUACAAGGGGCUGAAUACGGAAGGGACGAAGAACAUUAUGGUCAGCGACGAUUUAGAUAAGGAACUCGUUAGUCAUACACACAAUAAUGUAGCUCUACCUGCCAAUUCGUUUCAAAUGAAUUACUACUAGUAACCAGGCGACCAUGAAUGUUGUUGUUUAGUCAUUGGGUCACCAGUGUGCCAAAAAAGUCACUCUUCAAAGGUCAAAACCAGGAUUCGAUUUGGGCAGGAACUACAGAGACGAGCAUCACCGCAACCUGCCUCUAGAACAUGCAAGGAAUCCUGUGUGAUCAAGACCACAAGCUACCAGAGGAAGGCCUUUCUAUACAAGCCAAAAAAAACUUGAAUUGGCAAAGUAACUCGUCCCCUUCGAUGGAUGUGCCAUUGUAGACGCAACUGGACAGUUUGGAGUGAAAAGCCUUAGAGGAGGCAUUGCAACCCUGGCUUGACAUAUCUGAGGGGGAAGAUGGGUUCCCAGGCUCUUCAGAUUUUGCGGCAGGGGGUGUGGGCUUCCCUGACUGGAGGCUGGUACGUGGACCCCCAUCAGAGUACGUUUUCCAACUGCUUUCACCUGUACUUGUGGAUAUUCCUCCUGGCCUUCCCCUUCUUGCUGUACAUGGCGCUCCCCCCCAGCCUGAUGGUGGCGGGGGUGUACUGCGCGGCCGUAGCGGCGUUCUUCACGGCCGUCAAGACGGUGAACUUCCGCCUCCACGCCAUGUUCGACCUAGGGGAGAUUGUGGAGAAGAGGCAGGCCUCGCUCACGGCCGACCCCCCCAGGGCGGAGGACGGGGACGACGGGUCCGCGGCCCACGACGGGAACCAGCACAGGGACAGUUCCGUCGGAGUGGAGAUGACUGUGUUCCGGAAGGUCAACUCCACGCCUCCAGUCCGCUGCAGUUCCCAGCACUCUCUGUUUGGUCUGAACCAAGUGUCGGAGUUUUUACCCCAGCUUGAUGACACAGGAGGCACUAAGGACAUCAAGGAGCUGAUGAGGGAGCAGGGCAGCAACAACCUGAUCGUGACGUCUGCUCACCGCGACAUCUUUCGCCACAACUCGCAGGACGCCCUCCGGGCUGCCAGCGUGGUCCAGUCCUGCAUGGCGGCGGCUCUCGUCGGCGACUUUACCGGUUUCAUGGGGGUGUCUGGGGGUUACGGAGGCCUGCCGGGGGAGUCCCCAUCCAUCCCCCCCUCUCCCUCCAGCCAGGAGGACGGCGGAGACAAAGAGCACUUCCAGGAGAUGGCGGGGGCGCUAGAACAGUUGUCCCAGCCCAGGCCCCAGGAAGAGGAGGAGGAGGACGUGGGGAGGAGGAGGCCCUACUCGCCCCUCGGCCCCUCCGGCGAGUCGGAGAGCCUGGGGGAUGCCCCCCUCAGCCCGUUGAUCAAGAGCAGCCUGAGCCAGGAGCUGAGCGAGAACCUGCUGGGCCUGGGCCUGGACCCGGGGGCCUUCGCCCGCGGCACGGCCCACCCCGGCAGCCGCAGCGGGGUGGCCAUGGCGGCCGGCUCCACCGACAGCUGCUUCAGCGGCGGCGGGGGCACCGCCACCGACCGCGAGACCCUCAGCACGGUCAGCAGCUACCGCAGCGAGAAGACCGACUCCACCCAGCUGGAGAGCCCCUCCCUGAGCCUGCCCCACCCGGCCACCGUCCGUCCCCCGGCCGCCGCCACCGCCCCCCCCGAGCCCGGCCGAGGUACCGCGCCGCAGGACGGCAGCGACACGGACAAUCUCUCCGACAGCGUGUUGCUGCGCUCGCCCUCCAAAGAGCCGGCGGCCGGGCUGGACCGGACGCUGGUGGAGGGGGACGACCUGCCCCCCGGCGCAGCCGACCCCUGCCCCCCUCGCUCUUCCUCCCUCCGCCGGGACUCUUCCCCCUCCAGCAGCGGCCACUCGGAGGCUUUCGACCUGGAGCGGAGGGCGCCCCUGCCCCCUCCGCGCCAGGCCAGCUCUGCGGCGGCGCCCGCCGGGCUGGGCCUCGGCCUGGUGAGCUCGGAGCCCGCUCUCCCCGUGUCCUCCUCGCCGUUCCUGCUCUCGGAGCCGCCGGCCUCGCUGCAGAGCCAGGCCCAGCAGGUGGUCCGACCCAAAGACCUCAAGCUGCUGCGGCCCGGCGGAAGCGCCGGCCACAGGCCCGGUCGCAGGAAAGCCCCGCGCAAACGGGGCGGCGCCGCCAGCGGCAGCUUCGACUGCGGCUCGUACCGGCGCCACCACAGCCGCGGGCAGCACCGCGACUACAUCCCCGUGCGGAGCCGGCUCGGCGCCAAGGCCUACAGCGAGAGCCUGUUCGAGGACUCGAGCGACGACGACGACGGCAGCGACGGCAGCGACAUGAGCGCCGGCUCCAGCCUGGGCUCGCAGUGCCGCUACAGUUCGGACGACUCCAGCUCGUCCACCUCCUGCUACUCCCCGGACCUCGCCAGCCCCGGCGUGGCGCCGGCGGAACCCUCCGCCGCCCGGCCGCCGUCGCCCGGAGACGCGGCGGAGCUCGAGGCGACGGGGCCCUCGCACGCCCGCGGCGCCCAGCGCUCGGCUAGCACGGCUAGCGCCAAGACCCACGCCAGGGUCCUCAGCAUGGACGGGGCCGGCGGGGGCCACUCCAACGCGGCGGGGGCCCCCUCGCAGGCCUCCUCGCAGCCGCCACCGCCCUCCUUGUCCUCCACCCCGGCCCCGCGCGCCCUCACCGUCUCCAAGUCGGACCUGGAGGCGAGGGGCGUGCACGGCGAUGGCUUCCCGGGAUCGCACCUCCACCGGCUGGAGUCCCUGGGGGGUUCCUGGGCCGGGAACCAGGCAGGGUGGAGAGCCGGGGAGCUGGCGGAGGAGGGAGCUGUGGGCGGAGCUCUGGCCCCCGAGGAGGGAGGCAAGAGGGACUCUGUGAGCAGCGUGAAGAGGACCCAGGCCAUCCGCAGGCGCCACAACGCCGGCAGCAACCCCACCCCGCCCCCGUCCACCAUGGGCUCCCCACCCAGCCUGCAGGACCUCCAGCGGGUCCGCACCUCGUCCCACACGCGGGCGCGCACCCUGCCCUCCGCCCUGCACUUCGCCUCCUCCCUGCUCCUGCGGGGCGGCGUGCACGAGGCGUCCACCUUCGACGACACGUCCGAGGGGGCCGUGCACUAUUUUUUCGACGAGAGUGGAGUGAAGAGGUCGUACACGUUUGGCCCUGCAGGAGGGGGCUACGAGGACCCAGUGCAGGAGCGAGAGAGGCAGUCGCAGUCGUCCAGCUUCACUUCCACAGAGGUGCCAGAGGGGGCGCCGGUGCUGUCCAUGCUGCAGCCCAGGCCGGUGGUCCUGCAGGGGAUGCAGGUGCGCAGGGUGCCCCUGGAGAUGCCGGAGUUCGACCUGGACCACGAGUCCCUCCACGAGUCCCAGGAGAACACCCUGAUGAUCGAGGAGAAGGCCAAGCCCAGGCAGUACUACCGCUUCUGGGUGCUCCCGGGCCGCUGGCUCCGGGUGCGCUACGACCGCCUAGCCCUGCUAGCUCUGCUUGACCGGAACCGCGCCGUGGGGGAGAACGUGUUGGCGGUGCUGCUGGCCAGCCUGGUGGCCUUCCUGGGCUUCCUGCUCCUGCUGCAGGGCUUCUUCAGGGACAUCUGGGUCUUCCAGUUCUGCCUCGUCAUCGCUAGCUGCCAGUACUCCCUCCUCAAGAGUGUUCAACCCGAUGCAGCCUCCCCGAUGCAUGGCCAUAACUGGAUCAUCGUGUACAGCCGCCCCGUCUACUUCUGCCUGUGCUGCUCUCUCAUCUGGCUGCUGGACCUGGUGGGGCAGUCGAGCGCCCUCUUGCCCUUCUCCCUCUACGGCAUCACUUUCUUCUCCCCACACUUCCUGCUCUGCGCCAGGGACGUGCUCAUAGUGUUUGCCUUAUGUUUCCCCGUGAUCUUCCUGUUCGGCCUGCUACCUCAGGUCAACACGUUCGUCAUGUGCCUUCUGGAGCAAGUGGACAUGCACGUGUUCGGGGGAACGGCCACCACCAGCCCCCUGUCAUCCCUGUACAGCCUCAUCCGCAGUGUCCUGGUGUCGGCGCUGCUUUAUGGAUUUUGCCUGGGUGCUAUCAACGCCCCCUGGGUGGACCCUCACGUGCCAGUCCUGUUCUCUGUGUUCUGCGGCCUGCUCCUGGCUCUCUCCUACCACCUGAGCCGCCAGAGCAGCGACCCCACCAUCCUCUGGUCUCUCAUUCGCUCCCGGUUCUUCCCCGAGCUCGACAGUCGCCCCCCCGAGGAACCACCGCUGGAGAUCAAGGACCCCCUGCCGGAGAAGCUACGCAACUCUGUGAAGGAGACUCUCCACUCAGACCUGGUGGUGUGUCCUCUCAUGGCCGUCAUCACCUUCGCCAUCAGUGCCAGCACCGUCUUCAUCGCCCUGCAGCCGGCCCUCAGCUUCGUCCUGUAUGUGGUGGCCGGCGCGGUGGGCUUCCUCACCCACUACGUGUUGCCCCAGCUCCGCAAGCAGCUGCCCUGGUUCUGCCUGGCCCACCCCCUGCUGCGCUCCAGGGAGUACAGCCAGUUCGAGGUCCGCGACGCGGCCCAGCUCAUGUGGUUCGAGAAGCUGUACGCCUGGCUGCAGUGCGUGGAGAAGUACUUCAUCUACCCCGCCGUGGUGCUCAACUCCCUCACCACCGAGGCCCGCGGCGUCAGCCAGAACCACAAGGAGCUGGAUCUCUAUGGCCGGGCUCUCUUCAUCUCCCUGGCCGGCAUGAAGCUGCUGCGCUCGUCCUUCUGCGCCCCGUCGCUGCAGUACGUCACGCUGUGCUUCACCGCCCUCUUCUUCCACUUCGACUACCCCCACUUCUCCGAGACCUUCCUCCUGGACUUCUACUUCAUGUCCAUCCUCUUCAGCAAGCUGUGGGACCUCCUCUACAAGCUGCGUUUCGUCCUCACCUACAUCGCUCCCUGGCAAAUCACCUGGGGCUCCGCCUUCCAUGCCUUCGCCCAGCCCUUCGCCGUGCCUCACUCCGCCAUGCUGUUCCUCCAGGCGGUGUUCUCCGCCCUCUUCUCCACCCCUCUCAACCCCGUCCUGGGCAGCGCCGUGUUCGUCACCUCCUACACCCGCCCCGUCAAGUUCUGGGAGCGAGAUUACAACACCAAACGGGUGGACCACUCCAACACCAGACUUGCAACCCAGUUGGACCGCAACCCAGGCGCCGACGACAACAACCUGAACUCCAUCUUCUACGAGCACCUGACGCGCUCGCUGCAGCACAGCCUGUGCGGCGACCUGCUGCUGGGCCGCUGGGGGAACUACGCGGCCGGGGACUGCUUCAUCCUGGCCUCCGACUACCUCAACGCCCUGGUGCACGUCAUCGAGAUCGGCAACGGCCUGGUCACCUUCCAGCUCCGCGGCCUGGAGUUCAGGGGCACCUACUGCCAGCAGCGGGAGGUGGAGGCCAUCACGGAGGGCGUGGAGGAGGACGAGGGCUGCUGCUGCUGCGAGCCGGGACACCUGCCCCACGUGCUGUCCUUCAACGCCGCCUUCGGCCAGCGCUGGCUGGCCUGGGAGGUGGCCGCCACCAAGUACAUCCUGGAGGGCUACAGCAUCAGCGACAACAACGCCGCCUCCAUGCUGCAGGUGUUCGACCUGCGCAAGAUCCUCAUCACCUACUACGUCAAGAGCAUCAUCUACUACGUGAGCCGCUCGGCCAAGCUGGAGGAGUGGCUGGCCAACGAGGCCGUGCAGGAGGCCCUGAGGCCGUGCCUGGGCCCGGCCUACGUGGACAGCGACCCCACCUUCAACCUGAACAUCGACGAGGACUACGACCACCGCGCCUCGGGCAUCACCCCCGCCGCCUUCUGCAUGGUCUACCUGGACUGGAUCCAGUACUGCAACAGCCGGAGGCAGACGCCGGUGGACAGUGAGAGGGACUCCCCUCUGGUCACCCUGUGUUUCGGCCUCUGUAUCCUGGGAAGGAGGGCCCUGGGCACGGCCUCGCACAGCAUGUCUGCCAGCCUGGAGCCCUUCCUGUACGGCCUCCACGCCCUCUUUAAGGGGGACUUCCGCAUCACCUGCCCCAGGGACGAGUGGGUGUUUGCGGACAUGGAGCUCCUGAACAGGGUGGUGGCCCCCGGCGUGCGGAUGUCUCUGAAACUCCACCAGGACCACUUCACGUCCCCGGACGAGUACGAGGACCCAGCGGUGCUGUUCGACGCCAUCACGGCCAACGAGGAGAAGAUGCUGAUCUCGCACGAGGGCGACCCGGUGUGGCGCAGCGCCAUCCUGGCCAACAUGCCCUCGCUGCUGGCCCUGCGCCAUGUCAUGGACGACGGCAGCGACGAGUACAAGAUCAUCAUGCUCAACAAGAGGUUCCUGAGCUUCAGGGUCAUCAAGGUGAACAGGGAGUGCGUCCGCGGCCUGUGGGCGGGGCAGCAGCAGGAGCUGGUCUUCCUGCGCAACCGCAACCCCGAGCGCGGCAGCAUCCAGAACGCCAAGCAGGCCCUGCGGAACAUGAUCAACUCGUCGUGCGACCAGCCCAUCGGCUACCCCAUCUACGUGUCGCCGCUGACCACGUCGUACGCCGGCGGGCACGCCCAGCUGCGCUCGGUGUGGGGGGGGCCCGUCAGCCCCCACACCAUCUACGCCUGGCUCCUCAGCAGCUGGGACAGGCUGCAGAAGGGCUGCGGCGCCGGCUGCAACAGCGGCGGGAACAUCGAGGACUCGGACUGCGGCGGGGGCUCGGCCUCCAUCUCCAACAACCCGGCCGGGCACACCACCACCCAGAGCACCCCGGCUUCGGGCCUCCCCCAGCCCCACCUCGCCACCCUCCAGCCCGCCAUGGGUACCGACAACCCUGCUGGCCCCACGCCGACCUGGCCCCAUCAUCCUCACCCCCUCCCCCUGGCCCUGCUCAGCCAAUCCGAGGGCCGCGCCGAGGGAGCCCUGGCCGCCUCCCUCCACCGCACCUCGUCCAUCCAGGGCCUGCUGGGCCAGCACCUCUCCAGCUCGCAGCUGUCCUUCAGCAGCUCCAUGGUGCUGCCCCCCCUGCCGGCGCCCGAGCGCUUCUUCUGCCCCGGGGGCCGGCAGGAGGGCGCCGGAGCCCACCACCACCAUCACCACCACGGCGGGGCCAGGGCCGGGCUGGGCCUGGUCUACGACAGCCCCUACGGGAAGUGGAGCCUCUCGGGCAGGAAGGGCUUCAACGGGCCGCCGCCGCCCGGCGAUUCGGACGCGGGGGCGGGUCCGACCGCGAGGACACAGCCCCCGACCCCGGGCCCCCCCCCUCCCGAGGCCGGCCCCAGCCAGGACCCCCUGGGGGUCACCCAGUCGAAGGAAACCACCCCUCAGUCUCCAGGCGACCCCCUGACCCCCAGAGAGGAGUCGACGGAGCUGCCCCUGUUGGAGCACCUUGGCUAGCCUUUUUCAGUAGCGGCCGGACGUGGUGACGGCUGUUUCCUCGACGGCCCCUCUUCCUGUUUAGAGGAGGAAGGGGACGGCUCCAUUUAGGGCACGCGGCAGAACCAAGUCAUACCAAACAGCAGCCGGGGCGCUGGGACUUUUUCAGAGGGGGAAAAAAAGUGCACUUUCUAAGAGAGACUUUUUUGAGGAAGACCUUUUCGGGCCAUGACCGUGUUGACCCAACCCUCCUACGCACACACAAACACACACACUCUCACACCGCAAAAACAAAUAGUGCAAUUAAGGGAUUCCUGGGGGGGGGGGGGAUGUUGGAAUCCAAAAAGGUGAGCUCUGUCUCGUUUCCCCGCCACGUUGCUCCGCAGAGACAGUGGCAUGCAUUAAAAAGGGAAUGGUUUCUAUGUGCACUGGCGAAAGAGGGCUUCCUUUCGGACACAAUAAGCCUUUUCUCAGCAAACCCCUCCCUCCAACCCACCCCCACCCUCCUCCCGUUUAAACCUACCGCAUUCGUCAGUCAUCCACCGGACGUGAAAUAUCCGACUCGUACUCCCUUCAGUUAGUCCCGCCCUCCCCAGUGUGCCCCCCCCUCCCCCACACAUUCCAAAAAAACGCCCGGUCACACCCCGAGGUCAUCGACAGGCUCCCGGUGCCGCUAUCCGUUUGGUCAGCCGUCCCGUGAGGGGAACCUCCUUUCAGGAACCCUCCCUGCCUGCACCCAUGUUUUUAUUUAUUCGUAUUUUUGGGGGACUCACAGGACACAACCUUAAUGGGCGGGGUGGGGUCGUUUCUACUAAAGACUCUUUUUUUUUUUUUUUUUUUGUGCCAGGGGGUGUAUGGAAUGUUUUUGUUAUUUUUUACUUUUACUUGAAGCACCGCUACUGGCCGAGUUUCCUCCGAGCGGCCGACCUAUCAAUCCUGAUCCAGCUCUCCACUUUCCAGCGGGAGGGACCCCGACGGCACUCUGUGAGAGUGCGAUUGGGUGACUCUCGCGCACACCAAGUCCCGCCCCCAGCCAACCAUACUACUGCUACGGCACCUCCUGCUACUACUAAUAUACCUACAACUACUGUUUGUGCUACACGGUCCUCCAGCGUUUUAGCUGGAGACAGAGUUAAAUAAAAACUGAAAAACAAAGACGUCAUAUUUAUUUGAUUUACUUCCAAAAAAUUGUUUGGGACAAAGAGGGUUUCAUCUCUUGAGACAUUCUGACGUUGACUGGGUGGAGAUAUGGGACGCAUGAUUGAGCUUGUUAUAAACCUUCAGCCCCGACUGCAUUGGCCCCUCCCCACCCAUGUUUGGUUUUUCACGAAAGGCUUCUCUCCCUUUUGUAGUGUAAAAAUAACUGGAAGUCCCUUUAAAACAGCCUUGUGUAUGGGGUGACUGAAAACACUGAUGUUGAUGGGUGGAGAUCCGCUCUCUGGGGCAACAUAUCACACGACGAGGCGAUCGUGCACCCUUUUUUUCCUGCCGCAAAUCGAACUGUGGACUGUUUCCCCCCCCCCCCCCCCCCAUCUUUUGUUCCUGGUUCAGUUCUUGUAAGGAGUAGAAAUGCGCUCUUAUCAACAGUCCAACUAUCUGGAAUCACCUUGUGCCAUACAAGUACCCUGUCCCAGAAGAUGGCCAUGGCUUUCACCGCAACCGAUGUCACCGUCCUGUCUGGACUGGAGCUGGGAACUCGAACCUCGCCGAAUGAACAGCCGCAGAGUGUCGCACGGAGACUGGAACACAACCAUAAAUAGACCCAGAGUCGUCGCCUGAAUGCCCCUCGUCGGCCUACGUCGUGGGGAAACGUCAUUUCCCUUCACGCAUAGCUCCACAGCGGCCAGAGUUCCGACGCUAGUAUCCAUGUUUGACACGAUCCACAAGCUUUGUUGAUGCGGACGCCUGGCCUGUGUGUGUGUGUGUGGCUGUGAUCUCAGUGCUAAAGAGCCGAUGCUCCGGGAGACCUCCUCCUGACUAGCCUAGGCAUCACCAGGGCAAGGCGUCGGGACGUUCCCUUAGCGGCCUGGAUGCAAGUCAUGUCGACUGCAUGCAGCAAUAGGAAGUGGCUUACGGGGUUGUUUGUUCAUCCGUUUUCUGCUGUUGGGCAUACAGCUAUCAAUUUCUUUUUUAAUUCUUUAAUGGGCGGGGUUUAUCAAUCAUUGACACAUUUUGAAGAUGCUUGAAUAAGAUUAGGCGAAUUAAUUCACUGUUUUUCGGUGUCGUACCAUUUAGUCAGUGGCAGUACCAAUUCCUUGAGAACGAGCUGGCAGACUACUGGCACCUUUCCGAGGUCUCAAACCCCUGGAAUUCAGUUUGCGAGACUCUCGGUUUUGGAAUUCUCUUAGUGGGGGCAGAGCAAUGCUGCACGUGCUGCCAGUAUUUUCCACCCAUACGUAUCCCUAGGCCUCAGGGGGAAAAAACAGGGCCAUGCUGAACAGGGUCUCUUUCGCUGGUUAGGGUUUCCUUUUCCAUUCUCACUGUUUAUAUCCAAAGCAUCCAAGGGACUUCUCACUGAGAGGAAGGACAGCACAAGUUACUGGACAUAACCUGGGUGUCAAUCAUACAAAGGGAUUCCAAAAUCUCAGCCAUUUAUGUACAGCAUGUUUUGUAUAUAAAUAUAUAUAUAUAUAUAUAUCUCAAAUUAUAUAUAUAAAUCUAUUUUAUUAUAAUUGGAUUUCUGGUUCUUUUUGAUGGAAGACACUGCUGUGGCUUGGCAGAGGUUUUCUCUUGUUUACCCUCCAGUCAGAAGAGAUUGUUCACUCGAGGGUAAAGGCACUCUUCAGUCAGUCAUGCAGUUUGGGAAGAAUCCAGUAAUAAUUCUUUUUGCACAAAUGUAUUAUAGUAACACCAUCCCAUGUAUUUUUUAUUGUCAUCAUUUGAGUGGAUGGGGGGGGGGGUUAUUUAAGAACUGUAAGUUGAUAUUCAAAGUUCUGUACAGUUUUUUUUUAAUGUAAUUUUUCCCCUAUUUAAAUAAAUGCUUUUUGUGUCAUUGUU